AUGGUUGUCCCGGCCAAAAUGUCUUCGCGAAGAAGAACAAUCAAAAAAGAAACCCCGCAGCGCCGCAAGAUCGCUUUAGCAUGUGAAUCAUGCAGGGACAAAAAGGUCCGGUGCGAUGGGGCAAAGCCGAUCUGUGGGCCAUGUGCUCGACGGGCGUAUCCGAUAGACCGGUGCGUAUACAAGAUUGAGAACGCUCGGUCAGCUAGCAAUGAUGCUUAUCUUCGGGUGCUACACAAUCGCAUCCGAGAAUUGGAGAUUAUUUGUGCGCAGAAUGGAGUUGCUGUCCCAGCUCGAAUUGUUGAUGAUGAGGAGGGGGGAUCCGAUGAUGGCCAAGAGAGACAACCGAGUGCAGACACGCUGGACCACGAGUCUAGAACGUCGGUGGCCGUGGAGGGUCUUCUCGGCCUAGGCUCCAAUUCCGCGAUACUCAAUCAGAUACGUCCAUCGAUGGUACCUCCGGUGCCGCAAAUGAGUGCUCGCAUGGGACAUCGGCCCUCUAUACCAUCGGCACAUUCAGGCCUGGGACAUCCUGACCCUGACCCAAUCUCACCCCAUCGAGCACUUGCGCCUUAUGAGCCGGGAAGGGCAUCUUCGACAAAUGCCUUUCCUUCCCCGUCUAUCAAUUCCCAUAAUGUCACAGCGAUGGGGGCAAUAUCAGUGGGAGAAGACGGGGAAAGUAACGAGUCGCCUCGGGAGCAAUACUAUGGCAACUCAUCUGUAGCUUCCUUCAUGCGCCUUGCAAAGGACUCAAUGCCAAUAAGGUCUUAUCUUCAAACUCUCAAGCAGAUGGAAGGCAGCACACCCGGUGGUCCUUCCUACCGGGACACAGGGCUAUGGCGGGACUGCCUGACGCCUACCCUAGGACUGCAAUUCGAUGAUUUUUCGCUACCUCCUCGCUCUCUAGCAGACCAUCUCCUGGAAUGCUAUUGGAAUCGAGUCCAUUGUCUCUAUCCAUUUUUCCAUCGGCCUAGCUUUGAGCAGGCUUACGAAAAUCUGUGGGGAUCUAGUAAAUGGCCCAAGCCUCAGUUGCCUGAACUAAACAUCGGUCUUGGUGGCUCAUUUGAUUCCGGCCAUCAGUCAAUUGUUUUUCAUUGUGCACUCAACGCUAUCUUUGGCUUAAGCUGCCAUUUCUCAGACAUCCCUGCCGCUGAGCGCGAGGCAGCCGCAUACUCAUUUUUUCUCCGAUCGAAGCGCUUCGUCGGUCUUGACCUCCUAGACAUAGGUACGAUUGGUGUUGUACAGACACUCCUCAUUAUAUCCCUUCUUUUACAAAGCACGCCCUACCCCAAUAGAUGUUGGAAUGCGAUCGGGCUUGCUUGUCGGGUGGCCCAAGGAUUGGGUCUGCAUGAAACUGCGCAGCAAUCCAUCAACCCCCCUAGAGCAAGAAAUCAGACGUCGUACGUGGCACGGAUGUGUGAUCAUGGAUAUGAUCCCAUGAAACCCGAUUUGCAGUCCGAUGACCCGUGUGCACUUGCCGGACAACCUUGCGAUCAUAAAUCGGGUUAUAUGACCUUCUACGUCUCCACAAUUGAGCUCUAUAAAAUCCUCGAAGCCAUCCUAUCCGACAUAUACAAUGCAUGGCAAAGCCGAUCGAACCACCAUCGACCCUUGUCCCACCGGGGAAUGAAACAUAGUAGCCUUGAUGUCAUUAUGGAACUCGAUGACAAGCUUUCCACCUACGAAGCCAAUAUUCCCCCCGUGCUUAACUGGACUGGUAUGCACCCACCGCUUAGUCCAAAUAGUUAUCAGGACGCGAUCUUCAAACGUCAGCGCAACGUCUUGCGUGCAAGAUUUAUACAUCUUCGUCUUCUCCUUUAUCGCCCCAUGUUCACACAACUCUGCUCCGACGAUCGCAUGGACUUCGCCCGGCAGACAGGCUCAGGCUCGGACUCGGAUAAACCCACGAUCGGACUGGAGAAAAACGUCAUUUACAACUCCAUGUCCGUGAAUUGUGCAGCUGCUUGUGUCAGGGCAGCUGUGGAACUAGUGUCCCAUGUCCACGCGACAUAUAGGACAUCAUUGACAGACGCGUGGUGGUAUAACGGCUUUUAUACAUCCACCGCGGGAUUUGUUCUGAUCAUGUCGUAUUCUUGCCGCUCAAUCCUCGACCAGAUCGACGUUCAUGCUGUGGACGAGACAUGGCGGAAAUGCGAGGAGGUCUUGACAACAAUGUCCUUAUUCAGCCUCUCUGCCCGCAACUCGCUACAGUUCCUGCAGGUUACGCACCAACACAUUGUGCAGAACUAUACAGGUAAGAGAACCCCACCGCCUCGUUUUAUUCAAGUGCCCCCCCGCAACGAGGAUAACGCUUUUGUCACGAACCAAGCUCAAAGAAACAGUAAAAAUGCUGAUCGAUCAGAUCUUACUUCUCAUGUUGCCGAGGGGAUCUCAGAAGAGCCCGGGGCGCGUGAUUCCGAGUCCAAUGGCCCAGGCAUCAACCCAUUCAUGAGUUGGGACGAAAUGGGCCUUGGUCAGGAGGAUCUGGGAUUUUUGGGCAGAUUUGACCUUCCUGAUCUCGCGACCUGGUUUUCCGACGUCCCAGAUACCAUGCUGUCAUGA